AGCAACCAAUGGAACAUGAACAAUGGCACAUGCAUACACAAACACACAUUAACAUUGCGUGGCAGGGAAUUCAGUUCAGGUUAGGGUGUUGUUGACUGUACAAUGAGUAGAACGAGCUUGGGGAAGUGAAGGAAGUAACGAGGUUAUUCGUGUGAUCGUUCACAGGGAGAUAAUUAUAAAAGGUAAAUAUGAGUGUACUUCCCAAAUGUUUUCACUCAAACGGGAACGCGAAUGUUGCCUCAACUGAGCAAUUCGAUUCUAAAAGCGAUGAGAACGUAUUCUGCACGAAAGACAAUUUAGAGGGAUGUUUGCAUGAAUUGUCAGAGGAAUUCUUGUCAUUCGGUAUCGCACCGGUAAUCGCACCAAAUCACGAUGACGAUAUGCAAAGCGCAGAAUCAUUGAAACGGCUAACUGUAAAAAUAAUAAACUCCACUUGGAAUUUGAUACAUAAGCACAGAUCAUUUAUGCGGCUACACGACAAGACGGUCCUCUCGAAUAACAGAACUUGUAAUGAUAAUGUCCAUCUCAAGAAUCAAGUAGCGCGUCUAAAGGAAGACCUGCAAAAGAAGGAACAAGCGUUGUGCGAGACGCAAGCGAAAGAGAGCAGACUUAAGGAUAAUUUAGAAAGCGUGUCGCGCGAUCUGAAACACGAAAAGGAAGAGACACGAAAAUUGAGGAAGCAAGCACAGUCCAAAGACGUUCAACAUGAACACGAGGUAAAGAGAAUCCUGACGUUUAAUCAGAAGUUGCAGGAGCGAUUGCAGAAAUCUGCUGGUACCUUUGUGCCUCAGGGAAAAGUUUUGGGAAAAGUAGAGAAAGAUCGAGAGAAAGAACUAGCUUCGUACAAAAAUACCAUCUGUCGUUUAGAAGAAAACAGCAGGCAGAUGUUAGAAGAAAUCCAUGUUCUGAAAGAAACUCUGAUGUUGCACGAGGAUGCGAUCGCUCUGCAGAUGGCGGCGUCUGGGGCGUGGACCGAUGUGGAAGAAUAGUUAUUGAGUUUAAUUGACGUUUAUAAUGUGCUUAAGUGUAAUAGGAGAACAGUAAGAAUGGAAUCUUUGGUGCAGUAAAAAGGAAGAAAGUCAAACAUAGUAAAAAGAAGGAAGCACACGCAAUUGCUUGGAACAUAGUCACGUGCCUUGUAGAACCAUCAUAAUAAUAAUAACGCUUGUUGCAAGCACCGAGCGUUUCAUUGUAUACUUCAUUUACGUGCAUCUCAUAGAUGCGAUGCUUGUGUGAAAGAUUUUUUAAUCAUUUAAAAUUUGUGUUAUGAAAUAAAGAUAUUUUGUUAAUCCCUCC